AUGGAAAAGAGUGAUUACGUCAACAAGGCGAACCAAGUCUCUAACGACAGGGAAGCCUACACACCACUCGCGGAGGAUCCGACCAAAAAACAAGCCGCAGCUAUAAAAAUGAAGGUAAACGAGCUCACUCGACUGAAGCUCAUAACCCCCGAAGACUCCAGAUUUAUGACUCUCAACGACCCCCGAAUAAACCAUGCAUAUGGCCUCCUAAAGGUACACAACGAAGGUGCACCAUUGCGGAUCAUAGUGCCGCUUAUUGGAUCGCCCACCUACAACCUCGCUAAAUGGUUAUGCAUGCACCUGAAGCACCUAACCAAUGGAUCCCAAUAUAGCAUCAUUAACUCUCAGACAUUCCUCCGGAAUAUCCAAGGCCUCAAAGUAAGUCCUGAUGAGUGUAUUCUAUCGUUUGAUGUGGUUGCCCUGUUUUCCUCAAUACCACAUGACCUAGCGAUUGAGAGCGUAACCUGACACCUGCAAGAUAAUCCAACCAACAUUCCACUAGAAAACAUAUCGGAACUUCUUAGACUCUGUCUCAAGAAUUGCUGCCAAUUCGAUGGAAAUUUUUAUCAACAGGUUAGGGGUACAUCAAUGGGCUCGUCAAUAUAAGGUCUGCUACCUGAACUGCUAAUACAAUAAGUAGAAGAGGAAGUUAUGCGAACCUUUAGGCCAUGAAUGUGGCUCCGAUACGUAGAUGAUACGUUUGUUAUCAUGAAGACCUGCGAAAUUGAUUAACUGCAUCUGAGUCUGAGUAGCGUCUUCCCAGCUAUCCAGUUUACUCGCGAAGAGGCAACAGGAGGCAUUCUUCCGUUUCUAGACGUUAUUAUCCAAAAGUUCAGCAAUGGCAGUCUUGCAACGAGCGUCUACCGAAAAGACUCCAGUGCUGACGUCAUUCAUAAUGAUGAAAGCAACGAACCUGCGGCUCAUAAAAGGAACUGUGUGCGAACCCUUUCCCACCGGACCUAUCGUUACUGCAGCAGCGAUGACAUGCUUAAGAAAGAACUUACUUUCCUGUAUCGGUUAUUCCGGCUCCACGGGUACCCGAUCAGCUUUGCCAAAACUGUCUCAGACAUCGGAGACAACCACAAAGCACUGGUUCUAAUGAGGGACCAGAAAUACGGAAAUUCUUCUCAGUCCCCUACAUCCAGGGCAUUUCCGAAGCGAUCGCCCGACAACUAAAUCGGUUUGGCAUCUUCAUUGGCCACAAGCCGGCGUCCUCUCUACGCGCAACGCUAUCCCACGUAAAAGACAACGUAGCCAAAGAGCAGCAAAGCAAUGUCAUCUGCCGCAUUCGGUGUGCUAACUGCUCUUACGGCUAUGUUGGUCACACAGGCCGACGAAUCGGGACGCGUAUAAACGAACAUAAACUAGCCAUCCGCCGGCGUGACCCUUUGUCAAUAGUGUUUGCGCACGCCCUUGAAUGCGGCAAUCGCUUCAAUGGGGAAGAAACUGAAGUUGUUGCCACGGCAAACAACAAACAGGCCCGAGAAUUCCUCGAAGCCUGGAACCCUAAAACGACCAGCAUCAAUCGCCAUGUUAAUCUGGACGCUCAUUACGAAGGUCUACGUGCCCGGCUCACCUACUUGCGCCUGCGACCUAACAACAGCCGCUAA